AUGGACAUGAUCAGGGAAGGACACGUCUAUGACAUCAGGAAGUUCUUUGUUUUCCCAAAGAAGUAUGUCUUUCGUCCGGUCGAUGGAAAGGUCAUGAUCAAGUUCACAAGAUACACUUCUGUUGUCGAGAGGAACGGCCUGGACGCUCUUUUUCCAUUCUGCACUUAUGAGCUGACUCCUUUUGGUCAGCUUCCGAAACCUUCGGACAUGCCCGAGCGAUUCUCAGAUGUGCUUGGAGUUAUUACUGGUGUUUCUGAUGCGGUUCAGUACCAUAGUGCAAGCAGGUCUGAGCCUUCCACAAAGAGGAUAAUACACAUAAAAGACUUAUCUGGAAAUCAGCUCAGUGUCAUUCUGUGGGGCGAAACAGCUGCUGGUUUUGAUGGUGAUGGAAUUAUGGAGCUUGGCAAAACUGAACCAAUCAUAGCUAUCUUUGUUGGGACACUGGUUAAGAGCUAUGAUGGUCGCAGGGGUGUCAGUGGAAGUGCUGCGUGCCGUUGGUACAUCAAUGAGAAUCUUCCUGAUAUUGUCAACUUUCGUCGCGGACUGCGUGGUCAAGUGCCAGUCAUUGAGCAUAUCCAUCUCCCUGGUCAGACAACUGCUGAGAUCCAGGCACAGGUCAACCUGGAGACUAAAACGUUGGAGGAGCUGGUUACUAUUGAUAUAUUUGAGUUCAGGGAUGCUCGUUUUUACUGCACGGCUACCCUUGCCAAGCUGAGUCCUGGACAGCGUUGGUGGUUUUCUUCUUGCACUACUUGCCACAAGACAGCAUUGCUGAGUGGUCCUGGUUAUAAAUGUUCAGAUCCCGAGUGUCUGGGCACAGAUGCGCUUCCAAGGUACAAGAUUUGUUUCGUGGUUACGGAUGGUGAAACUGAAGCUGAGUUUGUCUUCUUCGAUAGAGUCGGGAGAGAGCUCCUUGGACUGCCCCUGAUCACUCUCUUGCGCCACGGUCAUGCGCCUGGUGCGACUUUGGCACAAGUUCUUGAGGCUGCACGUGGAGAUGAUUCUGUUCCAAAGGAGAUCACUUCAUGGUUACUUCUGUACCUCAAGCUGUUUGGGUUUGUUCACUAUGUCAUUGUUUUUAGCACUCCUCCUUCCAUUAUAAAGCCACCGCCGGUCGGUGCUUUGCCAACUGUUAUUGAAAGCAAUGUUCGACGCAACUCGUUUCCUCCGCCGGUAACUCUCGUGUAG